AUGCCGCUACAACUAGACUCUCCUCCCGAACGAGCCGAAUCCUCUGCGAAAUCGCGACUGAAUUUGCUAGAUCUACCACUUGACAUUCUCAAAGAGGUUCUGAAAGAGAUUACGCUUACAAACGAUCUUACCUCCCUUGCUCUUACUUGCACCGCCCUACAUGCUCUAGCUAUCCCCGCGAUGUAUUCUCGAUUCGACAUCGUUUGGCCCGAGCCUGGCCCUAGCUCCGAACACCCGAUAGGCGUCGAUGCUCUGUCAUAUGGAUUGGCUACAUUAGUCAUGGGAGAUCACGUUUUCAGAGAGCUACCUCCAACAAGCUCAUCCAAUCGUUAUUGUUGCCAACACUGCGGAUGCAACCAACCUGAACACCAGACCUCCUAUCAGAUUCCAUCGAUAACUACAAGGUGGGGAAAUAUCAGAUUCGGCAACUAUUACGCUCAAUGGACGAAGAAAUUCUCUGUCGGAAAUGGCCCACCCGAGUGGGUACAAGAAUAUGCAAUCACAAAAGAGACUGGAAAGAUGCUCGGCACAUUGGUUGCCUUGGCGGUUGCAAGGAUGGUGAACCUGGAAAGCUUCAUCUGGGAUAUGCCGACAGGCGUCAUGAGAGAUGUUUUCCUUGCUCUCGCGUCGCUGGGCUCCCGAGCAAAUCACGAAUGCCGACUGGAGCAAGUUUGGAUUCGAUGGCAUGAUAAUAGCGCAAAUAAUAAUAUCCAUGCUCUGAUUCAAGAAACAAAUACUAGCACAAUACUCGACAUUUGGCAGUCUUUGAUGAAGGGUCAUAUCAAUGUCGAAUAUCCCACCUUUUCAAUCCUCCCACCUUUGAAAUCGUUAACCGUGCUCAAUCUCGACGAACCAGCGUACCUAGAAGAAAUGGCUACUCUGAUUGACCGAUCACGCCACAAAUUAACGGAACUACGUAUUGGUAUGGCAGCACGAUGCAGUUCCCAAGACUGGGUAUAUCCAGCAGGUCUCCGCCCAACGUUGGUGAACUCAACUCCGCAGCGCGUGACCCCCGGUUGGCCUAAACAUGGAGGGGUACUGUCAAUACUUUUGGAAGAUUUCGAGUUUUCUGAAAAUUUGCCCCCUAUAAAUCCUGAAAAUGGAACCGCGGAAAACAAAGCUGAGAACGACGUCUCCGCCGCUCUCACCGUGGUAGGUUCUCCGGAUGCAAAUGACGAUGUCACAGCUGCGACACAGAUGCUUGAUGGCUUGGAUGUUGAGGAUAGGAAUGAACCUGACAGCGCUGGGACUGCACAGGAGACCAGUGAAAGUGCGGGAAACACCAACCAAAGUACUUCAGAGCCUCAACGUUUGCAGAAAAAAACUACUACCUCUGCAAGCCUGAACAAGUCAAAUAAGAUAAUGCUGGAAAUCCUGGAGCUUGAACAUGUUGUUCUUUCAACAACGGUCCUGAUGAAGGCCAUAGAUUGGACCCGAUUAAACACGUUGACUUUGCUUCAUUGUGAUGAGCAUGAGUCAUUGUGGAGGGCCCUACGGAGAGUGUACGCCCCUACAACGGACUCGUUAUCACUAAAUUCCAAAGAAAGCGUUAAAAAUUAUCCUUUUAAAUUGAAGAAGCUUCACACUGACCGCAUUUCGCCUUAUCUGAUGCUCUUUUUGAAAGAAACUAUUGCCCCGAAUACUUUGGAGGAUUUAUUUUUCCAAGAAGACAGUUCUUAUGAGUCAAUAGUUCCUAUCCAAGCGAUUUAUAAGCACAUACUCCGUCGCCAGAGAGCCAGCCUUAAGAGGGUCCUUAUUGACCGUUCUCGCCGUUCUGAGAUUUUGUCUUCAAAUAAUGGUCAUUGGCGGCAGUGGAUGCUUCCCAGGGAUGCCUUGUCUUUUGUGACAAGUGGACGAAUGCCCCAACUUCGUGAGUUGGGUAUCGGUAUGGACCGUCGAGAUUGGCAUAUGUUUUUACAAAGACUACCCAACUUACCUAAUCUACGAGCCCUUCAUUUCCCUAACAUGUUUGACCCAACACUGAAAAAGGAUAAGCAACGGGAGCUUGCUCUGCAAAUUUUAGACAUAGUUGCACUACGUCCUGAGAUUCAACUCUGCUAUAUUGGCAUCGAGACUAAAUGCUUUCAAAUCCUCGAAAUUAACGCCAAGGAUAAGAGAUCCGAUAAUGAACCUUAUCCCGAUCACCAAUGGUCAGCAGAAUCAGAGGCAGACAGCGAAGCUGAAGACCAAGUCCAUGAUCAUGACUCUGAUAAUGAGAGUGAUGGUGACGAUGACAAUUCUAGUGUGAGCUCUCCCGACGAGGAUGAUGGAUAUUCCGACGAGGACCAGGAGAAUGGUGUCGGCAGCGUCAAUCCAAAUAUUGUGUUCAAGCUUCGAGAGAUUUUAUAUUACGAUGAUAAAGUUUCAAUCUUCAAAGCUCGCCACUGCAGCUUAUAA